UGUUUUACCUUUCAGCAAAGCUAUCAAGUUUCCCCAACUCAUCAGAGAGGCCAACAAGAGCAUCCAGUGUCCCCACCUGCACAAAGGAACGCGAAUACAAGUGAAGAGAUGUGCAAGACACUCAGAGGUUCACAUCAGACUGAGAAUGAUGGGAGUUGGAGUCAACAUAGCUGGAGGGAGUCAAGUUGGUGGCUUUCUGAUAGGAAGAAGAGAGCACUACAAAAGAAAGAUGUUGAUAUUCAUAGGAGAAUUGAACUUCUCCAAGAUUUUGACAUGCCUGCUGUUAGCACCAAGAUCAAGGUGUCACGAGAUGGGCAGUACGUGAUGGCAGCUGGCACAUAUAAACCAAGAAUUCGAUGUUUUGAUACAUAUCAGCUCUCUAUGAAAUUUGAAAGAUGCUUAGAUGCUGAAGUGGUUACAUUUGAUAUUUUAUCAGAUGAUUACUCAAAGAUUGUUUUCUUGCAAUGUGAUAGAUAUGUUGAAUUUCAUUCACAACAUGGCCGUUACUACAGGACAAGAAUACCAAAGUUUGGUAGAGAUUUCUCAUACCAUUAUCCAUCAUGUGACCUGUACUUUGUAGGAGCAAGCUCUGAAAUAUACAGGCUCAAUUUGGAGCAAGGAAGGUUCCUGAAUUCCUUACAGACAGAUGCUUUGGAGAAUCAUGUAUGUGACAUAAACUCUGCUCAUGGUUUAUUUGCUACUGGGACGCUUGAGGGGAAGGUGGAAUGCUGGGAUCCUAGAACAAGAAAUCGAGUUGGGAUGUUGAAUUGUGCCUUAAGCUGUGUGACGGCUGAUCAUGAGGUAGAUCGGCUGCCUUCUGUUUCAGCCCUGAAGUUUGAUGGACCUUUGCAUAUGGCUGUUGGAACAUCCACAGGGCAGGUCUUGUUAUAUGAUCUCCGAUCAAAUAACCCAUUAAUAGUGAAGGAUCACCAAUAUGGCCUGCCUAUUAAAUCAGUCCAGUUCCACAGUUCAUUAGAUUUAAUUAUUUCUGCUGAUUCACGCAUCAUGAAAUUAUGGAACAAAGACACGGGGAAAAUCUUUACGUCAGUGGAGCCUGAACAUGAUAUUAAUGAUGUUUGUCUCUAUCCUAAUUCAGGAAUGCUGUUCACAGCCAAUGAAGCCCCCAAAAUGAAUAUCUACUACAUACCAGUUUUAGGCCCUGCUCCAAAAUGGUGUUCAUUCCUUGAUAAUUUGACAGAAGAGCUAGAAGAGAACCCAGAGACCACAGUGUAUGACGACUAUAAGUUCGUAACGAAAAAAGAUCUUGAAAGUUUAGGGCUGGCUCAUCUUAUUGGAUCACCACUUCUCCGAGCAUAUAUGCAUGGCUUUUUCAUGGACAUAAGAUUGUAUCACAAGGUCAAAAUGAUGGUGAAUCCUUUUGCCUAUGAGGAAUAUAGGAGAGAGAAAAUUCGGCAGAAGAUAGAAGAAACACGUGCACAAAGAGUGCAAUUGAAGAAACUUCCCAAGGUUAAUAAAGAGCUUGCACUGAAGUUGAUUGAGGAGGGAGAAGAAGACUCACUAAAUGCAAGAAAAAAGAAACAAAAGAAAAUGCCAAGCAUUCUUAGCGAUGAUCGCUUCAAAGUCAUGUUUGAGAACCCGGAUUUCCAGGUGGAUGAGAAGAGUGAAGAGUUCAGGCUGCUUAAUCCACUCAUUUCUAAGAUAAGCGAGAAAAGAAAGAAGAAGCUGAAAAUGUUAGAGCUUCAAGAAACCCUGGAAAAGGAAGAGGAGGAAGAACCAGAAGGAAAACCAAGUGAUGCAGAAAGUUCUGAGACUUCAGAUGAUGAAAAAGGCUGGGUUGAAGAGGUCAGGAAACAGCGCAGACUUCUUCGCCAAGAGGAAAAAGUAAAACGACAGGAAAGGUUCAAGGAGGAUCAGCAAACAGUCCUGGAACCAAGAUUUUUUGAGAUUAAAGCUGGGGAAGAAUUUAGAAGCUUCAAGGACACCGCCAAAAGGCAAAAGUUAAUGAAGAAAACACUUGGCGAUCGCUUGCAACUUGAAGAAAGAGUUGGCGCACUCAGUGUACAUGAUACUGCUAUUGGAAGUAAACAAGUCAGCUUUAAAUUAAAAAAGUCAGAGCAACAGAGAAAACAGCAAGAGGCAGAGAAGCACCACCAUCAAGAAAGGAAAAAACUCAGGCGUUCAGCUGGCCACCUCAAAAGUAAACGGGGAAGAGGACGACCCUUCCAUUGACAGUCCUUUUUUUUCACUUGGGGGACUUUGAGAUGUGUUCCCUUUUGUAGAAAUCAUCAGCAUAAGCCAAGCCCUCUUCAAGUCCUGUUUGACAGAGAAGAACUGUCUAUAGCCAUAGAUGUGGAAAAAACAUGGAGAAUCCCAUGUUUGGACCAGAGAUAUUUAUGUUUCUAAAGGAGCAGCUGGUUAUCAUGUAAACUUGUGAUUUACAUAUAAACUGUGCUAUGAACUGGAUGCCACCUUUAAAAAAAAUUAACCAUAAUGCAUUCUUUGAAGAGACACUGGUUUUCAAGUCUUCAAACACUUUCCUGAGUCACAUCCUAAAAUAAAAUUGUGAAAGCAUGGUUGUCAUGCCCAAUAAUGCAUACUCAUGUGUAAGGCAUUAGAAAAUUAGGGUACUGCCAAUGAACAUUUGCCCCAGGAAUACCACUCAGACCCAGAACUGCUGUCUAAAGGAGCCUGUUAGCAUUCCUCAUCCACUGCUGUCAAUAAGCUUGUUCAUACCCUGAAAUAAACCUGAGGGGAAUGAAAGAAUGUGCGUGCACACACAGGUGCCAGUAUUCCUAUCAAGACCUCUCAACAAGUGAGUGAGUGCCAGUAGUUUGCAGCAUUAUACUAAUGCUAGCUCUGUUUCUGCAGACAUCCCACCUAAUAAGCUGCUCCUUUCCAUUUCCAUGACUAGCAAACAUGGAGGACUUACCCAAGCAAGCAUUAACUGUAUCUUUAUGUGACUCCCACUCCAGCAUAGUCUUUGACUGACUGCAGGUGUGUGGAUGCUGUCAGCACACAAUUUUUGUGAUCAACUGCCUGAGUCGGAGAACGGAGUUCUGCAGCUUCUAAUGUUAAACGUACACCCUCUCCAGAUAAGCCAGGGUGAGUCGUCUCCUCAUCCACUCUUUGGCUUCUUUGGGAUUCUCCUACUAUGUAAUGUUGGUAUCUUACCAAUAGAUGUUAAUGUAGUGGAGUAUGGGGAUAUGCAGUUUGAUGCCAACAGACCUUUCUGGUCCUGUUUCUGUUAAUGUGGAAAACUGUGCCAUCCAAAGGAGUUGUUUGUUGUGCUGGGGCUCACAUGCCUUGUAGAGUCUUCUCGGCAAGCAGCUUCCAUGGAGCCUGAAGUGCCUGAUCCUGCCUAAUCUGGAAGCUAAGCAGGGUCAGAAGUGCAAUGGGUGACUUGACUGUAUGUGUCUAUGAUUAUUGCUGCAAACUGCCCUGAGAGCUUUGGUUGUGGGCAGGAUGAUGAUGAUGGCAGCCAUUCUGUGAUGCCCACAGCACAAAGAAGUUGCCUACCCACGCUUAGUAUCUUGCAUUACUUGCAAUUAUUUUCCCUAGAGAAGCAAAUUGACACCCAAUUCAAUGUGCAAAUAGUUGUACCUCCCAUCAUUUGCUGUGGUGAGAGUAAAAUGUGCUUUAUAUGAACAAGCCGCUGUUGUGGAGAAGUCAGAAAAGGAAAAUUGCCCAAGGAGCCUUCUGGAAACUCUCCCAAACUGCAGUCAUAAAAAUUGUACCUUGAUUUCUCUACAAAAAAGACCUAUAAGGAAAUGCAUAGGUUUUUAAUCCUGUCAGGUUGUUCUGACAUACCUGGUUUUGAUUAAAUUAACCGAAGGCCAUUUACAGAAAGUGAGUUUUUAAAAACCCUUUGCUUUAAGAUUACUAUCUUGUCCUUAAAAAAAACCUGGCUCUGCCCUUCCCUUAUAUGCUUCCUGGAAUUAAAGAUCUUCCAGAAAGAUCUGCAAGUUGUCACUCAUAUUGUACAGCAGCCUUGGCUAACUUUUGUCCUCCAGGUAUGUUGGACUACAGCUGCCAGCAUCUGCCGACUUGGGGCUGAUGUACAGUCUGCUCUACCCUCUUGGAAAUUGGCUGCUCCCUUCUCGGGGUGCGCUUUUCUUGAUUUCAGUACCUGAAGUUUGAAGAAGAGCGGCUAGUAAAAGUUGGGAAAACCUUUGAAAUGGUAUUAUUUCCAUCCAGUUUCUGAAAAGUGGGGCACUAGGGCCACACUUUAUGAUAUGUCAAUUACUUGAAUAUUCUCACUUGCUGAGAUAGGAGGGCACUGUAGGAUUAGUAAUUGGUGCCUCCAGUCAUGACCAUUUUACUCACAUGGGGCUCUGAAAUUCUGAACCUGCUCAUUCAAUGACCUUGGCUACCUCAUGUAAACAUGGCCCUGCUCUUCUUAAGUCAACACCUAAGUUGGAGGGAAGAGGAUAUUUUAAUGAGAAACUCCAAAUUCUAUCAGAACUCACAUUCUGCAGCUAAAAAUGAAUUGGGCACUUGAUGCUAGCUGCGUUCUAGCUGUGGCUUCUGAUGCCUGCAGAAUUUAGACACCCAAAGGGUUACCACAUAGAAACUGGAGUAGACUUGUUUCCAGCAGCUGCAUGCAGGCUUGUCCAAGCUGUUUUUCUGCCUGAGGUGAAGGCCAGGAUGGCUCCACACCACAGGCACAUUCCACGUGCAGAAGCUGACUGGACAGGCCACUGAAUCUUUUCUCCCCAGUCAUAUCAAGGGUACAGCUUCCUUUCUUCACCUGAGGAGAGCAGCUGUAGAUGCUGCAAAUUGGUUCUUCAACACUUCCCCAACUGCCACCUGAAGCUGCUGCCCCUCAUUGCUCAAGAGUAGGUCCAUCCCUGGCUCCAGAGGGAGGGCCAGUGGCUGGAAAGGGCAAGGAGACUUUCAGAGAAGUUUCCUAACAGUAAGUGCUGUUGAGAGUGCAGUAAGUGCUGUUCAAUCAUUAAAACUUAUCACUAAAGUACAUCUUGUCUACCAGGUGUCAUUACAGCAUUUUGAAUGCCAAUCAACCCAUUAGAAGAAAGCAAUCAUAAACACACAACAGCCCCUUCUCUUUCAUGAUAUGUUUCUGCACCAGUCUUUGGUGAACAAGUUCCCUGACCACCCCCACCCUUCAGGUAUGAAGCUGCCUAUGACAUCUUGAGCCAAGACAUGUUCAGUAUGUAAAGCACUGAGGAUUAUGAAAGAGCUCCCUUAUAUGUUGCACAGAUGUGGAGUACUACUGAUGAAGCAGUGUAUAACUUCCUUCCAUUCCAGUUAUUUGUGCUGUGGAGCUGCCACAUUUAUGAGAAUUAUUUACUGGUAUUUAUUAGAGCCACUCAAUUCUAGAGUGCUCCUGGAAGACAACUCUUGCCCCCAGAGUGAGCUUGUGGAUGCAAAGCUUGAACACAAAACAUGUCACUUUGCAAGUAGUUCAUUAGGCAAAUCAUUGCAGUUAAACAUUUGGUAAAAAUUUUAAAUUAGCCUAUUGGCUACUUGAUCUAUCUUGUUUUUAGUAGCAAUCCCCCAAAGCCUUGGCUAGUUGGUUGUUGCUUUUCUGCAAGAGUGUCUUCAUAUAACCUGCCUGUACUGCUCAGGUGUUUAGAACUACAAAUAGUACUUUAUACACACACAGCCUGCCUAUAUUCCUUCCCCAAGUACUUCCCCUUAAUAUUGGCUAGAUUGCUAAGAGAUGGAGCAGGUGUUUUGCAUGUUGUAUUACUAGAGAAUAGUAACAAAACAGUGGGGGGAUUGUCAGGGCAAAAUGAGUUAAAGCUUCACCAUAAUAUGGCUGCUGAAACCCUGACAUUGUAAGGAUGAUGAUGUUGUUGUUGUGUCACAAAGUCAUGCCCGAUCCAUCACAACCCCAUGGUCAGCAUUCCUCCAGGCUUGUAAGGAUGGCUUUAGACUUAAGGUGGGAUUCCUGGUCUGAUCAGGAGACCGUGUUGCAACUCUCAGUGUCCCCCCUCCCCCCAAGUACACUUCAGAUAUGCCAGUGUUUGCCUGUCUCACCUUAGAUAUGCUAAGGCAGGGGUGACAAGACCGAGGCUCAGGGGCUGCAUGUGACCCUUUGAGUUUAUUUUGUGGCUCACCACUUGCAGCUGGGGUUGCCAAAGGGGGCCUGCUUGUUGCGCAUCGCCCAUAGGUGCCUGCUUGAUGCCCAUUGCUGUUGCCCAUGGGCACCCGCUUACAGCUCUGACAUUUACUGAUUGUGGCUUUUCCACUGAGAAAGUAUCGCCACCCCUGUGCCCAUUCUCAAGUGUGUUCCUUUUGUGGUGUUAUUUAUAAUCCAUCCAACUCUGUUGUUAUGUACGUAACUGACAGGUUAUAAAAGAAUCUUGUACAUACUCGA